ACAAAGCACACUGCAACAAAGCACACCAUGAUGCUCAUGAAUUCAUUCCGCCAGCCCAAGUUCUGGAAGACCUACUUCACCCCGAACCGGUACUCCUACGACCAGAUCCCGGACCUCACAGGAAAAGUCGCCAUCGUUACUGGAGCGAACACCGGAAUCGGCUAUGCCACCACUGUAGGCCUUGCUGGUCAGGGAGCCCACGUCAUCUUGGCCUGCCGGAGCAAGGAACGGGCCAUGGCUGCGAUCGAGAGGGCGAAGAAGGAGAUCAAGGAGAAAUAUCCCAAUGCACCUAAGCCCAGACUGGAGUUUCUGGAUCUGGACCUGAACGAUAUGCGCAAGUGUAGAGAUGCAGCAAAGAGUUUUUUGGAGAGAGGAUUGCCGCUUCAUAUCCUAAUUUGCAACUCGGGAAUCAUGGUGUCUCCAUUUGAGCUUAGUGCUGAUGGCAUCGAGACCCAGUUCGCCGUCAACCACAUGGGACACUUUGUAUUCACGACGACCCUACUCGACCGGAUCAAAGAAUCUCAACCCUCGCGAAUCGUCAUUGUAUCCUCGAUCGCCCACGAAGGCCCCGUUUCCGGCGGCAUCGACUUUGAGACCCUCAAUGACCCAUCCAAAAGCGACAACGUCUCGCGCUACGGCCGUUCGAAACUCGCCAACAUCCUCUUCACGAAAGCCCUGGCGCGUCGCAUGGCCGGGGAGCACGUCCAUGUGAACGUGUUACAUCCAGGAUAUGUCAGCACGGAAUUGAUCCGGUUCGCCAAAGAUAAGUUUGGAUUUGUGCAGUGGGUGACGAAUAUGAUUGGGGUGACCCCGGAAAUGGGGGCCUUGACGCAGCUGUAUCUGGCGACGAGUCCGGAGGUUGAAAGCCAGGAUAUUAGGGGAAGGUAUUUUAUUCCAAUCGCGAAUGAGCUCCAGCCGACUGCAUAUGCUCAGGACGAGGAGUUACAGGAGAAGCUGUGGAAGUUCAGCGAGGAACUGGUCCGCGAAAAGAUUGGUGCUUAA